GUCGGUUAAUAAGCAGACAACACUUCCUGAAGGCGGGGACGGAUAGUUAAGCUAAAAAUGGCAUACACAACUGAAAGUAUUCAAAAGUUCCUGGAGACAACGUGCUCACUAUGGUCUUUCCCAUUGUUCUGUGCAUACCUUGCCAUGAUUGUGCUGUCUCCCAUCUACCAAAGAGUUACCUCCCCUCUCCAAAUGAGACCAAUUCUGAUUAUCCACAACUUUGCCUGUAGUGCUGCCAGCCUGUAUGCCAUGCUAGGUUUACUCUAUGGCCUGUCUCAGAGUGAGUCAACAUUCCAGAAAGGCCCAUCUGAGUUGAUGAUACCAUUCUUUAGGAUUUAUUGGAUAACCAAACUCGUGGAGCUACUAGACACUGUCUUCAUGAUGCUUCGUCACCGUAGGCGACAGAUCAGCUUCCUGCAUGUGUACCACCACUGUUCUAUGUUGCUGCUGAGUGAUGUAUCAUACAACCUGUAUCCCUGGCCAUGUAUAGCCUUCUACCUUGCCAUCAACUGUUUUGUACACAUUGUCCUCUACCUGUACUAUGGUCUUAGUGCCACAUUCCCUGACAAGUCCUUCCCAUGGAAGAAGCAUAUCACACAGUUGCAGCUACUGCAGUUUUUUAUUGGAUUUGUCCAUGCUACCAUUGGACAUAUAUACCAUGGUUUUUGUAUCUAUGGUAUUUUCUAUGGAAUGUCUAUGACAAUUCUAUUUUCAAACUUCUAUUAUAUAGCAUAUGUUAAGGGAAAAAAUCCCUCCAAAUCACAUCAGUCUUAGGGACAUGAUGGGCAAUGGACUAGUUCUGUUCUCAUAAGAAUUUUUGCUUUACAGUUAACAACUAGAUGCUCAUAUGUUUUACAUUGUGUGUCAGAGAUGAUAUUAUUUCUUGUUUUUAUUGACUUACCUGCCCAAAGAUGUGGCAGCUGUCGUCCAUCUGUUAACUUUUUCUUAUUCCCAUUGCAACACAGAUGGUGUAUAUGGUAGUGUUGUCCUUCGGUCCUUCCGAGGUAUUGCCCAGAGCAUAUAUCCCACUUUAUUUCACCUGUGACCAUCAAAAUCGGUAUGCUGGUACAUCUUGGGUCGGUAGAGUGAGUUAUAUCAUAAAUUUUUGGAUGUCUUCAUGAAUUGGGUCCAUUCUUAAGCGGUGCCGGAUACUGGCAGUGUGUUGCAAUCUUGUCUAAUAUAACAAGUCUUCUAGUCAAGAUUGGAUGAAUGGAUUUGGGCAAAAUUUACUUCAAAUUUAAGCAUUCAUUUCAACAAAGGGUUUGAACCUCUGGGGACACAAGGAGCAAAGCCCAAUAGGGGAAUAGGGGUAAAUCUGUAAACGACUACUCCUUCAGUGCAGGUAUAGGCAUCUUCAAAAUCCAGGGAUUCUGCUCUCAAUAUGUCAUGUCAUGUUUCAGGUCUAAAGAACUGACCAAUUACUAGGUUAAUACCUGUCCUUACAAUAUUUUAGAGAACCGACACCUGGUUCCAAUGCUGGUCAAUUUCACUGCAACUCUUUUGAUGUACCCCAGUACAUGAAAGGAUCAACCUAGUCUACAUGUAUCAUUGGUAAGGUGAGCCUUCAAUUUGUCAAGGUAUAUUUACAGUGUAGAGAAGAUGUUAAUAUUGAGAGUGUAACCGUUGGAUUUAGAGGAUGUGUUAAAGGGAUUUUUACUCUAGUUGGUAUAAAGAUUUAUAAAGAAUGGCUAUGGUCUCCUUGGGUCAAAGGGACACAGCAUUGUGUAAAUAAAGGACUUGGCCUCAUAUGGGCAGAGGGUAGGCUCCUAUAGGAAUUAAUAUGAAGAGAUUUCAGGAUUCAAGUUAUUCUUGUGUUAAAGGAACAUUGGGUUAGAGGCUAGGGGCCUUAAAGUGACCACCAUAGUAUGUGAGGCCUAAUAAAGAAAUUGGGGUUAAUAUUAAACAGAGUUUACUUACAAUUUUUUUGUCUGGUCUCAUUAAGUAAUUAUAUUUUUUUUUAAUUUUUUUUUCUAAAUAUGUACCUUAUUUGAUAUAAUGGGAGACCAAGUGAGUUAUUCAGACCCCUGGGUUUUUCUUUACAAUAAUAGCUAUCUUUGUGAUGACAUGAUUUAUAAUCCACAUACUCAAGUAUUAUACUGUACAGAACCCAUUUAGAAUUAGCUUCUCAGGGUGAUAUUGAAAAUAAUAUUAGAAAUCUACAUUUUAAACAGAUGCUGUGCUAUUUUAUCUUACUUUUUUAAACAUAUCAUAGGAAUUGUCAUAUACAUACAUGAAAUUGUGUACUUUAUACAGAAACAAUGUAUAAACGUGUCACAACAUUCAAGGCCAACUUGCAUAGUCUCUUUGUCAUUGUCAAGCAAUAAAAUGUGUUUUACAAUGUCAUCACAUCAUUGUACAGGUAAACAAUGCAAAUCACUCACUCAUUAAAAAAGCUUCACAAUGAGACCAGUCAGUCUUGCAAUGUUGCCACAUGUUGAUAUGCACAUUAUGUUUUUUUGUACUAGAAAGUAGCUUAUAUUUGUAUAUAAAGAGUGUUAAAUUUUUUACUUAUUUUUUCAUAUUAUUCCCAACAAGUGAUUGGCCAGGAGUGUAUCACGUUUCCACCGAUAAAAAAAACGAUAUUGACUUUAACUUCGGGCAAUACCUGGAUUUAUCGGCCAGAAAAAAGAAAUAUUGACCUCGGACUGCGUUCUCGGUCAAUAUAUCUUUUCUCAGGUUGAUAAAUCCAGGUAUCAACCUCAGCAAAAGGCUGUAAUUGAGAAGCAUCAUUUUAGAUAUUAAAUACAAGUACAAUAUUAACUUGACAUGUUAUAGACCACCUUCAUUGUGUUGAAGAUACAUUGUUUGAGGGUAUUUUUUUGGGGG